AUGGUAGCCGCUUCUGCCAACUCCACGACAUCACCAGCACUUUCUUCAUCGGCAACUUCUACUUCUUCUGGACCGUCAAUACAGCAGCAGCAACAAACACUGGGUAUUGCGGCGAUCAAUCAUAACAAUAGAACUGUUGUAGAUGAAGAUAGUGUUAUGAAACCUUUAGCAUCGUCCUCUGGGGUAACUGCAGCAACAGUUGCAGCUGCUGCCACAUUACCGCCUUCAGCGUCUGCGGUCAUCUCAGCAGCGGCUGUAGCUGCUGCCGCCACAGGUACACUAGCUAGUAUGAAACACCUAGGUCACAGCUCAACAGCCAACCAUAGGAACAACAAUAGUCUGAUGCACUCACAGCAUCAGCAAUCUCAGCAAUCCCAACUACACCAUCAGUCAGCUGCUUUGUCCCAGGCGUUGCUCCAUGCUCCAUCUCAGUCAUCGUCAGGGUCCUUGGUUCCGCACCAUACACCAGCAAUUCCAUCGUCCCAGCAUCCUCAUGCUCCUUCGGCGGGAUCGUCUGCUUCUUUCCACCAUAUGCCACCGGGUGGUAUUCCGCCGACAGUGACUCCCGCAGCUACUGGGUCAACAUCCAGUGCACCAAACUAUCAUCAUCACCACCAUCAUCAUCACCAGGCAGCGGCUAUGUUGACCCUGGCUGUAAGUAAUCCUCCGGCGGCACUACCCCAUCAGCAUCAUCAGCAAAAUAUCAAUCUGAACGUGAAUCAUCAUCUGAUCUCCGCACCAAUCGUGGUGGACUUCUCCAAUAUGACUGUGAACUGUGUUCAACUAGGCCAGGAGAACCAACAGCAUCUUCAACAGCCGCCACCCCACAUGGGUGCAGGUCACGGCCCCAGUCCGAUGGCUGGUAGUGGCAGUAUUCCUCCGGGUACUGCUGGCGGAAGAUUAAAGUAA